GUUCCUUCUCUUCACACUGCCAUCAAGCCUAGCCCUCUCCAUCGUACAACAACAGACCACAUUGACAUCACUAUUCAAUUUGCUCUCCAGCCUGCAUGCACUCGCAGCCCGACUUCCACGCGGUCGCCACGCCCAAGCCCAACGAGCCGCUGCACCUCCAGCGUGAUGUCGACGAGGUCGAGACACCGUCCAAGCUCGCCCUUGUGGCGCACUGGACCGCGGGUCUCCUCUUGGCCUUCUCGGUCUUUUCGAUCACGGUGAUCUCUACGCCGAUGGUGGCGCCGGUCACGACGACGUUCUUGAACCCGCUCUGGAACAUCAACCCCAAGGUCAAGAAUUCGGGUCGUCCCGAAAUGGUCACCGCCUCGUACUUCUUCUUUGGCGUGAUCCUCCCGGUCGUUGUGGCCUUCUUGCUCGUGCGUCUCGUGAGCAAGGGCGCGUCGUUCCCGGUUCCGGGCCUCUCGCACCUGCUCAAGCGCAAGCCGCGCAUCUUCGGGUCGCUCGUGAGCUACGGCGAGAUCCUCUUCUUGCUCGUUGUCGCUGUCGGCAACAUCAUCUUUUUCUACUACUACUACAGCACACGCGUCAAGGCCGGCAGCAAGACCCAGGAGAAGAUCAAGCUCGCGGCCAAAGCGCUCGGAUAUUCGGCCAUGUACAACAUGGUGUUCCUCGCGCUGCCCGCGUCGCGCCACUGCUUUUGGAUGGAGUGGCUGGGCAUUCCGUUUGCGCACGCCGUCAAGUACCACCGCUGGCUCGGUGUCGCGACCAUCCUCUGCGCGACGGUGCACGUGGCCUUCUACAUCCAAGUGUAUGUGGCCGCCAACGACGCGAUGACGCUGCUGCCGUGCUUUGGCUGCGACGUCGCCAAGGAAGGCAAGAUGAACUGGGUCAUCACCUUUGGCUGGAUCGCGUUCUGGUGCAUGCUCGUCAUGGGCCUCACGUCGCUCCCGUACGUGCGCCGUCACUACUACAAGGUAUUUUACGCGACGCACUUUCUCUUCAUUCCCGCCACGGCCUUUGCGAUCAUGCACUACGCCAACAUUGCCAUCUACCUCUUCGCCACGAUCGUGCUCUACAUUGGCAACCGCAUGAUGUCGUCGGCCACGAUUCAGGCGCCAGUCGUUGUCCAGAAGGCGGCCGCGCACCCGCACGACGUGACCGAGCUGACGUUCGAGUGCGCGACGUCGUACCACGCUGGCGACAUCGUCUACCUCAAGGUGCCGUCGGUCUCCAAGACACAGUGGCACCCGUUCAGCGUCGCGUCAACGCCGCUGCACACACCCGGCUCGCUCACGGUGUACAUCAAGUCGCGCGGUCAGUGGUCCGGUCAGGUGCACGAGUACAUUCGUCAGUGCACGGCUUCCGGUAUCGACCCCGUCGUGUACAUGGAUGGCGGCUACGUCUCGCCGGCGCCCGUCUCGGCAUCGUACGAAAAGGUGGUCUUCAUCGGCGGCGGCAUCGGCGUCACCCCACUGCUCGGCCAGAUCAUGCACACGCUGCACGCGCAGUCGUGGCAGGACGUCCAUUUGGUCUGGCACGUGCGCGAUGCGCGCAUGAUGGCGCAGUUCCAGCAGUGGUUCCACGAAGCCACGAGUCUCUCGUCGCACUUGCACUUGCAUCUGUUUGUGACUGCGACGUCGCCUGCGUCUGAGAUUGCGAGCCGCAACCAUGUGUUUGACCUCAAGAGCUCGACUGUGGCGCCGCGACCGUACGCCAACGUGUCGACGCUGCGCCAAGUGCUCUUGUUUGUCGCUGCGUUCUUUGGCGCUGGCUCGCUCUUUGUCGCGGUGCACUACAACACCAAGAUCACGACCGCCGACCCGUCGUACUGGCCGCUGCAGCGCUUGGUGGAGUUUCUCGCGAUCGUCAUUGGCGCCUACUGGGCCUACGUCGUUGUCUUGGUCAAGCCGUACACGCCGAUGCCGGUCGCGCGGUCGCAGGUCGACGAGUAUCCCAAGGAGCCGACCAUGUCGACUGACGCAUUCGUCGAGCGCUACAACGUGCAGCAGGGUCGCAUGGACUGGUCGCGCUUCUUUGCGGGUCUCGCGGACACCACGGCAGCGAGUGCGUCGAUCGGCGUGUUUGUCUCGGGUCCCAAGACGCUCUUGCGCGCGAUCGAAGCCGAGACGCACGCGUCGCGCUUUGACCUGCACCACGAAGAGUUUGAAUUGUAGGCAUUGAUCUGGCUCGACAGCUUUUGAAUCUUUUUGUAAUUGU